AUGGUGUCAGAGCACGAAGAUUAUGGCUUUCUACGGCCUCCAAGGUUGGUCCUUGCCAUCGGCUUAUCUUUUUCUGCCACUCGACAAAUCCUCGGACUGAUUGAAACUCCCGCUAACCAGAACCAUCUCCGCCACAGCAAUGAAGAACCCGAACCUGUCUACCGUGUCCCCUCCCACUACAAUCCUCUACACACCUUUCGACUGCCGGCCGGGCAAGGAAAGCAUUACCAGCAGCAAUAUGGCGAUAUGUAUUUCCUGCGACUUGCGAAGCUGAAGCCCGCUGUGGAACAAGUUGCAGCAGAGGCCUGGGAUGGGUUUAACAUUGCUGGGGAACACGCACGCCGCGUGGACCGAGUGCUCGAUGUUCGACAGGGCGAGCUGUGCUGGGUGGCCGGGACGGUGUACAUGGACAUGCCAUUGAAGCCGAAUAUUCUAGAUGACCUCACCAAAGAGAACUUCACGUCCGCACCGCCACCGCGCCGCACGUACGCCGAUCCUUCGGACCCGUCGUUGACCCAAAUCAUGCUGGAGGACGAGUCGGGUCGCCUUCGUCUGACUGGCAACUUUUUGUCUUCAGCUCAGCUAGCUACGGGAGCUAUCAUCGCAGCUCUGGGAACGGAGAAUGCCAAUGGAGAUUUCGAGGUGAUUGAUAUCAAGGUGCCGGAUCUGGCACGGCAGCCUCAGCGAUGGGAGAGAGGCGAGGCGUCCACGGCGGAUAUCAAACAGAAUGGCAAAAUCGCGUUCAUCAGCGGGCUGGGCAUCACAGGGACGUCCAGCGACACGCUUACAUUGGAGCUCCUGGCAGAUUAUCUUCUGGGCUAUACUGGAUUCUCCGGAAAUGAAGAGAAUAGUCCGUCCGGCAAUGCUUCACAGAUCUCGCGGCUUGUCAUUGCAGGCAAUUCCCUUGGAGCCAGUGUUAACACAGAAGCCACCGGCAAAGAGGCGGAGAAGAGGAAAGCCGCUCCCAAGAAGUACGGCUACGACGCUUCUGCCUAUAACGCCUCGCCCAUCACUCAACUCGAUAAUUUCCUGGCGGAGAUCCUGCCCAGCAUUCCCGUGACGCUCAUGCCCGGGGAUCGGGAUCCAGCGAACUUCUCUCUUCCUCAGCAAGGGAUUCACCGCGCCAUGUUUCCCCAUGCUCGAGCGUAUGCUGCGCCUCCACCGUCCGGAGAUGAAAACCCUGAGCCAGGAUGGUUUGACAGCGUCACCAACCCGUGGGACGGUGAUGUCGACGGAUGGCGAGUAUGGGGAUGUAGCGGUCAGAAUGUGGACGAUGUGCUCCGGUAUCUGGAUUUUGCCGGGGAAGAUGGCAAUGCUGAAGGCGACAUGGACGACUCUGAAGCUCGGGUGCGCAUCAUGGAAGCCAUGCUCCGAUGGCGAUGCGGAGUUCCCACUGCCCCGGACACGAUCUGGUCAUAUCCAUUCCAGACUGACGACCCGUUCGUCCUUCAAGAUUGCCCGCACAUCUUCUUUGCCGGCAAUCAACCAACCUUUAGGAGCGCUGUGGUCGAGGGCGAAUCUCCCCUUCGCCUGGAUGGGGACGACACAGAAAUGACGGAUGCAGCAGAUCCUGCCUCUGGGGCUCGAGUGCGAGUGUUGUCUAUUCCUCGUUUCAAGGACACCGGGGAAUUGAUCCUGGUGGAUUCCGAGACGCUGGAGGUCGAGGUGAUCCGCUUUGGGGUGUUUGGGGGAUAA